AUGGAGCUCAAGAUCAAGUCUCGGAAGCUUCCGGAAGCAAUUGGGGUAAUUGACCGCCUGAUCCAGGUGGAGCCCAACAACGACGAGUGUCUGCUACUCAAGGACCAAAUUUACAGCUACAGCGACGAUUCUGACCCUACCACCAAGAUCUUCGAGGAAGUCCUGGAGAAGGACCCUCUUCGGUGGAGGCUUAUCACGGCCUGGUCAUGGCGUAUUCAGAAGAUGGGCGGUCCAUGA